CGAACGUGGGACGACCAAUGGAUUUGGGCUAGGUAUUUCGCUUACUUUUCCAUGGCGUACACCCACAAGGCCUACCUAGCGACGUGUACCUAUCUACUAUGUAGGGAGGGCUAUUUCCACUCGUGGUCGUUGUCAGGUACAGGUGUACCUGCAUCUGGGGUGAAAGAAAAGUGUUGGCACCAGCGAUGAGGCACGGUCACAUCCCGCCAGUCCCCGGCAGUUUUUUUCUUCGCGUGUGCUGCCGUAUAAGAGCUCGUUGUGCCGCAUCUUUUGAGUUUCACAACUUCCCACGGCCCCCUCAUCUGCCAGAUAACAGUUGAUUUAGGUUUCACUCCUUUGCCUACUCGUUGCUGUCUUUCAUUCUCUUCGACAGUGAUAUAUACAUUCCUUGGUCACCAGGCCUUGCUAUUGAUCUAGCUAUAGCCUUGCUUCUUCAACGCGAAGACAGUAGAUAUACAUCGUCUUUCAAGAUACAACCGCACACGCCGCCUACUAUCAUUAUAUAUACUUACAUCCAUCAUGCGUUUCUCACAACAGAUCGCUGCUAUCGCCGCUACGGCUGCCUCUCUGGCUAGCGCUAACUCCAUCACCUUCAUUAACCAGGAUGCUACUCAACGCACUAUUGUCUUCACUCCCAGUGCUGGUCUUCAACAGAUCGACUCUCUCGUCAUUCCCGGAAAUUCUGAGAGCAAGGUCGAUAUCCCUGACUACUGGAUCGGAAACGCCUACUCCGUAUCUGAGGGUAACCCCAACGUACCAGGCAUGCUAGCUGAGUUUACCUUCCAAGGUUGGCAGGGUCUGACAUACUUCGAUGUGUCCGCCAUUGUGAACCCUAACGACCACGAAGGUGUCAAGGAAAUUUAUCCGCUCAGCGAGCAAAAUGCUCUGGAGAAGGUCUCAAUUUCCGGCUGCAUUCUGUUCCCUUGCCCCAAGGCCUACUACCACCCCGAUGAUAUCCAAACCGUCACUACUCUUGAGACGGAUUUCAUCUGCACUCUUGGUAACCCUCCCACGACCCCAGUGGCUCGUGAUGCUGAGGUAGAGCUGGUCGCCCGCAAAUUCGUCCUGGGCAAGUUUUAAAGAAGGAGCAAGUACUCCUUCAACUUCACAGCGCCUGGAU